CGCAGUUGUGCUGGGCGCGCGUGGCGCACAAUCGAUGUGCGCGAGAGAGGCUCCGUCCGUGCGUAGUAUUGCAAAACGGAGCAGUCAUCACAAGAGAGAGAGAGAGAACGAGCGUGUUGUGUACAGAGUCGUGUGGUCGUCUGCGCAAAAGAUCUAUUCGGGCACGUGCACACGCCUGCAGCCGCAGCAGCAGCAGCGAGCGAUGUGCCAUCGCAACGACGACGACGACGACUACGACGACGUUCGACUUAUUAUUGCUGUUGAAACGAGUUGGACAUAUCAGUGCGUCGAGUUGUGCUUGUGCGCGAUCACGUAUAGUAGUUCAGUGCCUCGAAAUUACCCGUAGGAGCAGCGAAUAUUAUUUAUCCCGAUAGCGGCGGCUCGCUCACGGACGCGUCGUACUACGUUUAAUACGCAAUCGGUAUAUAUUUUAUUAUAUAUCCUUGGCCAGAGCCGAGGCCGCAGACGAAGCGAGCGACUACUACUAUACUACGAGCUACGAGCCAGCAGCAGCAGCAGCAGCAGCAGUCAGUAGCAGCAGCGGUGCAGUAUUACCGAACGAAUUCAGAUGCCCGCAGCUGCGCGAUCGCAUGAGCAGCGGCAACAAGUCCCCCAGCAGCAGCAGCAGCAGCCGCACGCGACGCUGGAGGGAGCUCAGCAGCAGCAGCCGCAGCAGCAACAACAGCAACAGUCACUGCAGCAACCAGGAGUCGCGCUAGCUCGCGAUGCCGCAGUAGCUGCGCCGCCGCCGCUGCUGCACCAGACUGUGUUGCAGCCGCAACCACAACAACAACUUACCACGACCACGACCACGACCACCUUCGAGCUUCAGCAAAACUUCAUCGGCUGCAAUCUCGCCGGCCAGCCGAUCAGCUUUCCCUCCUUCCAAUUGCAGCAAGCUCCUCUGGCGCGACUCGAGCUGCAGCAGCCGCGCACUCUGCCAGUCAUACAGUUCGCUCAGCAGCAAGUCGCCCACCAGACUUGCCUCUCGCAGCAGUUUCAGCUGCAGCCCCAGCAGCUUCAGGCAGCCUUCGCCCCGGCUGCUGCUCCUCCUCUGCCUUCCAUGGACGGCUCCGAUUGCAAGUUGAUCAGCGAAGCUUGUGGCCAGAUGCGCGUCUGCUUCGACUCGUUGUGCUUUUCGGCGCCGCCUCAGAGGCUGGCCGACGAUGACGAGGUUCAGCAACAGCAACAGCAACAGCAACAACAGCAGCAGCAACAACAACAACAGCUGCUGCUGCAGCAGAGCGUGCCGAUGGUGCAGGCGAGGGCACCCCAGCCCAACGCCGAGCAGCAGAGGCUCGGUCUCAAGCUCAACGAACUUCAGGAGCAGAUAAAAGACAGAGACGAGAAAAUCGGCGAGUUGCUGGACCGCUUGCGACGCCAGGAGAACGAGAUUCUCGAGCUGCGGAGCCACCUCGACAAAUUCCAAAGCGUCCUGCCUUUUAAAUCGCCCUUGGCCAGUAGCUCGGAGCUGCGGCCGCGCAAGCAAAGGGCCCAGGGUAUAUCGGCCGAGCCGCCGGGCUUGCAGGAGCCCGUGGCCCUCAAGCGAAUCGACAAAAACGACGGAUCACGCGAACUGAUUAAAGCAGCUAUAUUAGAUAAUGACUUUAUGAAAAAUCUGGAGCUCACUCAAAUACGAGAAAUCGUUGAUUGUAUGUACCCUGUGAGUUUUGCUGCUGGCACUGUAAUUAUUCGAGAAGGAGAUGUUGGUUCCAUCGUAUACGUAUCAGAGAAGGGUCAAGUGGAAGUAUCGCGCGACGGGCGGUACCUCAGCACGUUAUCACCGGGCAAAGUUCUUGGUGAACUUGCCAUUUUAUAUAAUUGCAAAAGGACAGCAACCAUAACAGCAGCCACAGAUUGCCAGUUGUGGGCUAUCGACCGACAAUGUUUCCAGACUAUUAUGAUGAGAACUGGUCUCUCCAAACAAGCUGAAUAUACUGACUUUUUGAAAAGUGUUCCACUCUUUAGUGAUUUUACCGAAGAAACCAUCAUUAAAAUUUCCGACGUAUUGGAAGAGACCUAUUAUAAUUACGGUGAUUACAUCAUAAGACAAGGUGCAAGAGGUGAUACGUUUUUCAUCAUAAGUCGAGGACAGGUCCGAGUAACCAUUAAACCAGUUGGUGCCACUAGCGAAGAAUACAUAAGAACGUUAGGGAAAGGCGACUUUUUCGGCGAAAAGGCUCUGCAAGGAGAUGAUCAAAGAACAGCCAACAUCAUAGCUGAUGAUCCCGAAGGUGUGAGUUGUCUGGUAAUUGAUCGCGAAACAUUCAACCAACUAAUAUCGUCGAUUGAUGGAAUCCGUAUUCAAUACCAAGAUGAAAUAGACAUUAGGAAAAAGAUAAAUGAAGAAUUUGCAAAAGUAAAUUUGGAAGAUUUAACUGUCAUAACUACUCUCGGAGUUGGUGGUUUCGGAAGAGUCGAGCUUGUACAAAUUAAAGGCGAUACCAACCGUUCAUUCGCCUUGAAGAAAAUGAAGAAAUCCCAAGUUGUCGAGACCCGUCAACAGCAGCACAUCAUGUCCGAGAAAAGGAUCAUGAGUGAAUCCGACUCUGACUUCAUUGUGAAAAUGUUCAAGACCUUCAGAGACCAAAAAUAUCUGUACAUGCUUAUGGAGGCAUGUUUGGGCGGAGAACUGUGGACGAUACUUCGAGAUAAGGGACACUUCGAUGAUGCAACAACGCGUUUCUACACAGCAUGCGUCGUUGACGCUUUUGAAUAUCUACAUUCCCGGAACAUCAUUUACAGGGAUCUGAAGCCUGAGAAUUUACUACUCGACUCGCAAGGAUAUGUAAAGCUUGUCGAUUUUGGAUUUGCUAAACGAUUGGAAAAUGGCAGAAAAACUUGGACUUUCUGUGGUACACCAGAAUACGUUGCCCCAGAAAUAAUUUUGAACAAAGGUCAUGAUGUUAGCGCAGAUGUAUGGUCACUUGGUGUUUUAAUGUUUGAACUUUUAACGGGUACACCUCCAUUCACCGGUUCUGAUCCGAUGAAAACCUAUAAUAUGAUUUUAAAGGGUAUCGAUUCCGUUGAAUUUCCCAGGAUGAUUACUCGGAAUGCUAGUUACCUUAUAAAACGCCUUUGCAGAGAUAACCCAGCCGAACGUCUUGGAUACCAAAAAGGAGGUAUUCGCGAAAUUCAAAAGCAUAAAUGGUUUGACGGAUUCAAUUGGGAUGGGUUAAGAACAAGAACCUUGGAGCCGCCAAUCAAGCCAAAAGUACUCAGUCCAGCUGAUACAAGCAAUUUCGAUGCAUAUCCGCCAGACCCAGAUGUAGCACCUCCUGAUGAUCUUUCUGGGUGGGAUAGAGACUUUUAAUUAUAAGUAAAUAUUUUUACAGAACGGUUAGUCCACUAAAUAAAUUGUAUAUAGUUAUAAUUAAAUUUAUAUUUCCACAAUCAUCCAGCAUAUCCGCUGGUUGGAUAACUAAUAUCAUUUUUUAUCGAUAGCUUUUCAAUUUCGAAAUAACAAUUUUUUUAUUCUUUAUCCAGAAAAUUAAAAUCAUAUUCCGAUUAUCUUUAACAAACUAAAAAGAUAAUGGAUGGAAAAAUGUCCGUAGUAGAGUAUCAAUUAAUAAUUAUAAUCUAUUAAUUUUACCAAUACUUUUUACCAUAUUGUUAAAUCAAUCUUGACAUCGUGUAUGAAACAAUUUCGUAUAAGGUAUCCAAUAGUUCCCUGUAAUCGAAAUGUAAAGUUUUGUAGGCGUACGAAUGAAUUUAUAUUUUAUGAGUUGGUACGACAAUAUUGAACGAUUAGUUGUAAUUGUUUGCAUUCAUUUGUAAAAUGCUGAUGUAUGUCAAAAUAAUUAUUAAUACAUUUAAUAAUUAUGAUGGAUAAUCAAGAAAAAUCUGUGAUUUUAUUAAGAAGCGUAAUAUAAUCGCGUAAAUUACAAUAGCGUGAGCAUAUCACCCGGGUAGAAAAUUUAGACCACGACAAUAAUCAAUGGAUGUGCGUUUGAAGCAAUACUUAUGUUAAUUAGUAGAGUCUGAAAUAAUCGUAAUACUUAUUUUGUUAUUUUAAAUUGUGCGGAAUUCGGAUUUGCGCUUUCAGCGGAUGGAGGAAUUGUAUAUCGAGUCAAAGACGUGUGUGCCGUAAUGAAUUUUGCAACUUCUAUUUCUAUGUUUUAUAACGAAAGUCUAUGAGCAGCGGCGAAGUUGCAUUUUACAGGACUAGUGGUAUAAAGUCAUUUAACAUUAGAAUUGAUUGUUAAUCGUUCAAAAAAAUAAAUGGAAUGAAUGAGAUAAUCUGAAAAACAUUACAAAAUCGAAGCUCAGCAGUAUAAUUUAUAAUCAAAUAUAACGCAAUAUAUUUAUCGGAAAGUAAUAUUUUUUGAAUAAUUUUUUCAUAAUGAGCAAAAUUAACACAUACUGUGAUGAAAAAUAGUUUGACGUAGAUAUGUAAGUUUCUUUUAAAAUUUUGUGAUUAAAACUAUAAUAUAGCGUGGGAAAUUCAUUCGAAAGAGUAAAUAUAAAUUUAGAUAUACAAGCAAGCUUAUCACUUUCACGAAGAUAAUGAGUUGAUAUGUAUGAUACUUGUUGCAAUUGAAUGAAUUUAACAAAAUUGUUAAAAUAAUUUUUAUUUGUAAUGAUUCUAUAAUUGUUAAGACCAUGUAUAUUAAAAAUGUUAGUUAUAUUUUCUCAAUAAAUGUUGAUGUGAUUUGAACAAUGAAAAAAAAUAAGUGAAAACACAAAAAUCGUUAAAAAUGAGUUGUGUACUUCAUUUAAAAAGUUCAUAUCAUGUAAAAAGUAAUACAAUGAAGUCCAUUAUUAAUUAAAACAAACAAAUAGUAACAAUUAUAAAUGAAAUAUUUGUAAAUUGAAUUUUUAUCUAAAUUAG